UAAUGUUUGUCGGCACAGGUCUCUAUAUUCAUUACAUUUACGACGCCUUUCUUCGGAAGAAAAAUCAUUUUUUACAUAGACAUUAUAUUUUAAUUUUAUAUACAAAGAAAGAAAUAAACUUAAACAAAUUUUAAGUAUGAAGAAAAGUUUUCAAGUUAAUUUAAAGUGUUAAAUAGUGUUUAUAAAAGCAACGAAAUAUAUUAAAACAAAGAAAAGUUGUACACUCAAGAACUUAGAUGCAAAAAAAAACAAGACAAAAGAGACAUAAUUGAGCCAGCAAAUUAAACCCCCCGCUGACAUCUCUCUGGGAAAGGGGAGCAGUUUUUUGUUACACACACAAUCCCAACAAUUCUAACUGGACAUUUUUAUUGUUGUUAAACUAUAAACAAAAAAUAGUUUUGUUUAACAAAGUGAAAUUUCUAUUAAAAUGCAGAAUUAAAACAAUAAUUAUAUAAAAUUUUUACAACCCUCUUGGGAUUUGUAAUAAAAACAAGUUAUCGAUACGCCUCCGCCUAAAGAAAAAAAAAUUGUACAACCAACCACCCCUUCGUCACUGCAAAAAAAAGAUCCAGUGUAAUAUGUACUCACAACCAGAGACGUCAACUAGUCGUUAAUAGUAGAGUACAAAAUCAAAAUCCUGUUUUCCCUUUAAACUUGUUUUUUAAGCUGAAUAUGAAAAACAACCACCAACACAAAAUUUUGUAAAAUAUAAAUAAAAGAAUAACAAAAAAAUCAGCUGUAACACGUUCAUUUAUAUUGGCAGCUUUUAUUUUAAACAAAUUUUACAUCCCUGGUGUAGACAGAGUGCUGCAUUCUGUGCAAUUGUUGUUGUUAUUUUAGUAGCUGAUGAUAAAGGUUGUUGUUGCUACUGCUGAAGCUCCCCUACAUUUUUAACACACCAUCGUCAUCGUCGUCAUCAUCUACGUAGUUGUUGUUUUUUCAUUUUAUAUUUUCAACAACAAAACUUCACAAGGGGUCAUUUUAUUCCAGUCUAAAACAAAAACAAAUUACGUGAAUUUUUUCAAAAUAUACACACGCGUGUAUGAGAGCAGAAGUGCAUUUAUAUCUAUGCCAGUGUUAGUGCCUGUUUAAUAAAUUUAAAAAAAUAUAUAUAAUAUUUUUUAAAGUUCAUUCUCAGUAUUGGUUGAUUGUUUGGCCAUUUUCUCAUUUUAAUAAAAUACAACAAAACCUUUUUAAAACAUAACUGCAGUUGGUUUAUUGUUGUAAAAAAUUUAGCAACAAAAAAGCAGCAAUAACAAAUAAAUAAAAACCAUGUCAGCCGAUUCGGAUAUGGAAUAUUCGGAUAAUGAUUGCGAAUACGAUGAUUAUUACAAUUCAGGUGAAGAUUGUGAUGUUGAACGUUUAGAUCCGAAAAAAACCGAUCCCGAAUAUUUCGAAUACGAAUGCCUAACAGUGGAAGAAGUUGAAAAAUUGCUCAACGAAUCGGUGGAAAAACUCAAUACAAUACUCCAGAUAACGCCAUCACUUGCCAAAGUUCUACUGCUCGAACAUCAGUGGAUCAAUCAGGUGGUGGUCGAUAAAUAUAGGCAAAAUGCCAAUGCUCUACUCGUAGAGACGCGCAUUAAACCGCCCUGUAAUAAUGUCGAUCCGGCAUUAGAGACAGAAAAUGUAGCCUCAACAAGUGCACAAGCACAAGCGGCAACUGGUACAACAACGAUUGGUACUUUAAGUACGUAUAGUAAAUCACCAACAGCCACGCCCUCACCAAGUAGUAGUAGUGGUGGGAGUGGAGGCGGUGGUAUUGUUGGUGUAAUUGGCAGCUUAACACAACAGUAUCGUAGUCAAAUGUGUCCUGUUUGUGCCACAGUGCAGCUGGGUGAUAAAUUCUAUAGUUUAUCGUGUGCCCAUUCAUUUUGUAAAGACUGUUGGUCCAUGUUUUUUGAUACGCAAAUAUUUCAGGGAAUUUCCACUCAAAUUGGUUGUAUGGCUCAAAUGUGCAAUGUUCGUGUGCCCGAGGAUUUGGUUUUGACUUUAGUAACACGCCCCGUUAUGCGUGAAAAAUACCAACAGUUUGCUUUCAAAGACUAUGUUAAAUCACAUCCCGAGUUACGCUUUUGUCCCGGUCCUAAUUGUCAAAUUAUUGUACGUUCACGUGAAAUAGCACCCAAACGUGUUGUUUGCACUUCCUGCACUACUAGCUUUUGUUUCAAAUGCGGCAUGGACUAUCAUGCACCCACAGAUUGUCAAAUUAUUAGAAAAUGGUUGACCAAAUGCGCCGACGACAGCGAAACGGCCAACUAUAUAAGCGCCAAUACCAAAGACUGUCCCAAGUGUCACAUCUGCAUUGAGAAGAAUGGCGGCUGUAAUCAUAUGCAAUGUUUCAAUUGUAAAUACGAUUUCUGUUGGAUGUGUUUGGGCGAUUGGAAGACUCACGGUUCGGAGUAUUAUGAAUGUUCACGUUAUAAAGAUAAUCCCAAUAUUGCCAAUGAAUCGGUACAUGUUCAGGCCAGAGAGGCUCUAAAGAAAUAUCUACAUUACUAUGAACGUUGGGAGAAUCACUCGAAGUCGUUGCAAUUGGAGCAACAGACAUUGGAUCGUCUGCGUACACGCAUUAACGAUAAGGUUAUGAAGGGACGUGGCACUUGGAUUGAUUGGCAGUAUUUGUUUAAUGCCGCCUCGCUGUUGGCCAAAUGUCGUUAUACCUUGCAGUACACUUAUCCGUAUGCGUAUUUUAUGGACAGUGGUUCACGCAAAGAUCUAUUUGAAUAUCAACAGGCUCAACUAGAAGCUGAAAUAGAAAAUCUCUCCUGGAAGAUUGAACGUGCUGAAACAACGGAUUUAGGUGAUUUAGAAAAUCAAAUGGAUAUUGCUGAAAAACGACGCACUACUUUGCUCAAAGACUUCUUCCCUGUUGAGGGUUAAUUUAAUCAAUUAUAUUAACUAUAUAAUUAUAAAAACAUUAAUAUUUAUUAGAGUAUUUAGUAAAA